AAACGGCUAAAAAUUUGAUUCUCAAUGAUGAUUUUGGUGAUGAUGUGCAUCUGACAUUGUACGAGUUUUAUUUCAUUUUUUGUUGUUGUAAAUAUUGCUUCAAUGGCUGCCUAGAAUAAAUAAAAAUGCAAGUUUCAUCUUGGAUAAUGAUACUUAAAGCAUACAAUUGGCUAUUACUUAUUUUGGCUUGCCAAUGUCGACCAAAUUUAAUUCUAGCCAAUCGUUUUGCAUCACAUCGUACACGUUUACUUGAUACAGAACAAAUUUAUAAGGAUCGUCCAAAACCAGUAUAUAAUCCAAAUGGAAAUGGAUUUGACGUAAAUCGUCGUUCAUUUCAAGAAUCAUCGGAUAUUCAUCCAUAUCAACAUAAUGUUGGAAAAUUAUUUCCUGAUAAUAGUAAUGUUCAUUUAUCAUCAGCACCAUCAUCAUCAUCAUCAUCAUCAUCAUCUGUAUCAGAUAAUCGUGAACAUCAUCAUCAACAAAAAUUCUUUACAAUUUUAAAUAACAAUAAAAAUGAAAUAGAAGAUGAUGAUGAUUAUAUGGAUGAAAUUGGCCACGGUUGUAUGGCACCUGAUCAACGACAAGGAACUUGUUAUGAAGCAUCCAUAUGUGCUGAAAGAGGUGGAAUACCGAUGGGUCGUUGUGGUGGUUCGAAAAAUGGUCAUGUUUGUUGCCUAUUCGAAGUGACCUGUUCGCAAACAAUACGUGAACGUCAUGUUUAUUUUCGUAAUCCAAAUUUUCCUUAUUCAUAUGAUGGCCAAAGAAUUUGUCGUGCUAAGAUCCAAAAACUUGAUUCAUCAAACACUGUUUGUCAAUUGAAAUUAACAUUCGAUCAAUUUGAUAUUGCCAAACCAAUUGAAGGAAAUUGCACACAGGAUUCAUUCUUAAUAUCUGGCCAGAAUGAAAACAAUAUUGUUCCACGUAUUUGUGGUCAUAAUAAUGGACAGCAUUAUUACAUUGGUGUUGAUGAAUCCGGUAUGGUUACAUUGCAUAUGGUUUUCCGUGGUGAUUAUCCACGAAAAUUCGAUAUUCACAUUGAACAAAUUGAUUGUGGAUCACGAAAAAGUGCUCCAGCACAUUGUUUACAAUACUAUGAAGGAACACAGGGAACAAUCAAAAGUUUUAAUUAUGAUUCUGAUGAGUUGGCUAAUCGUAAUGAUUUAUCCAAUGUUCUAAAUGAAGGUUAUCCAAACAAUGUUGAUUAUAUGAUUUGUAUAAGAAAAGAAACAGGAUUCUGUUCCAUUUCCUAUGAAUUUAUGUCUGAUCCAAGUGGUGCCGUGUUUCCAUUCUCUGUUGGUUUAUCAUCAAAUCAAUUUAGUAAACGUAUUGGAUUACAUCAAACUGAUGAUUAUGGACGAUGGACAACAGGAAAAAUGUAUUCAACAGUACAAACAACACAAUGUGAUGAUGAUUAUCUGAUUGUAAGCGGAACAAAAGUUUGUACAAAAAUUGUCGAUUCCCUUGAUGAUCAAUCAAAUAAUUCAGCCAAAGAAAAUAUUGAACCAACGGAACCAUCAUCAUCAUUAUCAUCGUUAGAAGAUUUAAUAACACCAGGAAAUAUAAGUGAAAAUCGGCCAAAUCGUAAAAAUGGACAUGAUAAUCGUAAUGGUGAUCUAUUGGAACAUUUAGGUUCAGAUUUAUCCGGUGAAGUGGAAGAACUUCGUCGACAUCAUCGUCAGGUAGAAUUAUUUAAAGACGUACUUACACGACGUUAUCGUUGGAUGAUGUCAUCACCAAUGAUUCUUCGUAAAGAUUCUCUUAAACGUUUACAUCAAAAUUAUUUGAUGACAACGGAUUCAACACCAGGACCAUUUCAAUUACGAUUCGUAUCGAAUAGUGUUAACAAUGCUAAAGGAUUCUAUUUGGCUUAUCGACAAAAUCCAUGCAAAAUGUAAACAUGAAACGGUUUUUUUAUCAAAAACAAAACAAAAAAAAAUUUUUUUUCCAAACAAUUUUUCCGGGAUCGGGGUUUCCUUUUUUU